AUGGCGUGUGGGUCAGGAGAUCUUCAGGACCUCCCAUUGCCAUUUUCUCCUGGCAGAUUUGGGAAUCCCGUCUUUGUGGAAGAGCCCUGGUUCUGGGGCUGCGGUCAGACCAACGUGUCCUGUAGGGUGAUGAACGGGAAGGUGGUGGAUGUGGGCAAGUGGCCCUGGCAGGUGAGCAUCCUCUUCCUUGGCGUGUACGUCUGCAGCGGCUCCCUCGUCCACCACCAGUGGGUCCUCACGGCCGCGCACUGCUUACAGAGGUCCGUGGAGCCUAACCAGUACUCCGUGAUGGUGGGGGUCCAGCACCUGCCAGAAAACGGCACUCAGCUCCUGCUCUCUCACAUUGUGGUUCACGAGAGUUUCAAGAACUUCAUGUCCAAUGACAUUGCCCUCCUGAAGCUCAAGGACCCCAUUGCCUGGUCUCCCCUCGUCCAGCCUGUCUGCUUACCUGGCACCAAACUCACGUUCUCUAAGGGGACCUUGUGCUGGAUGAUCGUGUGGGGGCGCCCUGGGAAUGUGGGCCACCCCAAGUCCCCCUACAGCCUUCAGGAGGUGGCCGUCAGGAUCAUAAACAACAGAGAGUGCAACGAGCGGUACCAGUUCCUCUUCCUGAAGGACCAGAAGAUGUCCGUCGGGAAGGACAUGCUGUGUGCCAGCUCAGAACUAGGCAUAGACUCCUGUCAGAGUAACUCCGGCAGCUCCAUGGUCUGCCAGGUGAACAAGACCUGGAUUCAGGUGGGGGUGGAGAGUUGGAGCUUCAGCUGCAAGCAGCGCAGCUUCCCCGACAUGUACACCAGCACCUCCCACUUCACCCAGUGGAUCCAGAGGCAGAUCACCGACGUGAGGUUCAUCAGCAGCGCCUACUCCGCCUUGCUGAGCCCGGUCUUCCGCACUGGCUACAUCCUGCUGGUCUCCUUGGGCUCCCUGUGGCUCCUGUGA